GUAGUACGAUUUAGAGGUUGCCAAAACCUCAAGUUGCCAAAACUCUAUUUUUAACUCUCUUGAUUUUUUGUUUCCACAUGCUGUUCGGGGUGAGCACGUCGAGGUAUAUAAGUUACCCAAACUCUAAAGCUAACUCUCUUGGUUUUUUCCUUCCACAGGCUGUUCGGGGUGAGCACGCACCUUGAGCGAUCGUCCACUCGCGAUUAUCCUCAGGCAUCUGGCCGUUCCGGGUGAGCACGCACGUUGGGAGAUCUUCCACUCGCGAAUUCUGACUCAGGCAUCUGGUGUUUUUCUCGCACGAAUUUCUCGCAUCAUAGUCCUGCCAAAUUGCUGAUUUGAGACGUAGAGCGCAGUUCACCGAAGAAUGCGCACGGCUGAUAUGCACCGAAUUUUGAUCUUGGACCCUUUAAGGUUUUGGGUCCAGAACUUCAAGCGUAGGUGGAUUCCACCGAUCUGAUUUCUAUUCUGUCGACAACAUUACGAGGAAGAAGCUAAGCUGCCUGCAAGCGAGGGUCGUUGGAAGCAGAGUAGCCGUGAAGAUAUAGCAACUGAGAAGAAGGGAUCGCGUGCUCAAUGGCACGACCGCGCGGGCUUACCAGACCUUUCUGCGAUAGGAGGUGUCGGAUAAAUUGUGGGCCUAAUCUCGAGACAAAGCCACCUGCGAAACCCAGUACUACGUUCACUACUUCUGUCACCUGCCGUGAAGACGUGAUCCAACUCCGAGACGUUGCAGCCAAGAACUGCGUUAACGACGAGAAGCUUUCAAAGAAGAGCCAGAACGCCAGUGAAUCGAACAGAAGAGACUCAGUCUUUCCCCGUGCAGAACCACUUCUUUUCGAAUCAGGAGACCCUAGCCAGCACAACAUAUUUUCCAGAUUUUACACCGGAUGUGAGCGCUUUUGGUACGCUUUCAAGAGGGUCGACCUGAUACAGAUUUUGGGGGAGGUUUUUCGUUCACAAGAAGGGUGCGCUGUUUGAAUACGAAAUGAAGAGAUGAAGGAAUAGACCGAGCCGUGCGAGACUUCAAUUGAAGUGCUCGAUGUACUAAUAGCAUCGACAGAGCACUAUCCUACACCAGGUGUGAUGACACUGGAUCCAUGAAAGCUCUUAACAAAACUGGUCUGUCCGACGACAAAUACAGCUAAUCUUUUGUUGUUCGGACGGACGGACCAGUAGUGGUGCCCGCCCACACCUCUUUUCCCCGCACGUGAUGACUUGGAACACAAUGGCUCCGACCCCCGAUUGAAUCGAUCACUUCACUAAUGAGCGAAGGGAAAAACAGUGUUCCUCACAAGAACUGGGUUUGGUAAACUGUGUUAGUCUUUUGUUGAGCGAUGAAUGGUUUUGUUCUUUCUAUGAAGCCCUUAUUCGUGCUAGUCCGUUUCUACCGAUUCAAGCACAUGAAGGCAGCGAAAACGAAAUAAUCUAUAUCAGUCAGAAAGCUUCAAAGUUGCGGGUAGUCGUGCUUGUUUACAUUGUGUAUACGUUUUCUGCAGCACUAAUAUAUAAAGAAGUUGCGUAUAUUUGAUGUAGUUUUGCUCGAUUUGAUUCAAUUC